CAUACUUUUCUUUCGAUUUGGUUAACAGUGAGUGGGGGAAGGCAAGGCAGGGCGAGGAAGGCGCGACGACGAUAAAAGAAGGCGGUGUUGGAGUGAGUGGAAACAGCUCGCACCAACGAGGUGAGGGAGAUGGAUAGGAGAGAGAGGAGAGGAGAGAGAGAAAGUAUGUAGGCAACUAAAGGAUACCAUUCGCCUCCAGGAAAGGCGAGAAAAGAUAAGAGGAUAAAUCGUUCGCUGUCAAUUCACACAGCACAAACUGGUGAAAGCUCCUUGCUUUUGUGUGUCUUUCUUUUAGCUGAUGCCUAACUUUGGGGCACUAAGUUUUGUAAAGCUCUUGCCUUUUGGCGUCGAUCUUCCCUCCUCUGCUGCUUUUUAUUCGCACCAGUCUCCAAUGUCCUUCGCCUUGUGGUUUUGGCGAUGUAGGAAGCAGGGGGGGGAAGCAGCAUGUAUUGAUCGUUGAUAGGGACUUGUUGAGCUAGCGAGCUGUUGGCUCCGAAAAGAACAUAUUUUUGCGUGAAACGAAGGGGGAGAAGGCAAAGAUUGCAUCUUUGGGAGUGGAGAAGGCUGGGAAGGCGAGAAAGGUGUGAUUUUUACCAGGCGAGAGAGAUGGAAGGCGUGUGGGAUCUCAACGACGCCGCGUCGGAGGAGGAGGACGGCUCAUCGCCAAUGGCCUCCUCCGCCGCCGCCGGAGACAGCGGCUGGGACGGGAAGGGAAAGGCCGCGGGUGCCGCCUCCCCGGAGGCUGAGAACGACGAUUCUGGCUCUUCCGUCGUCGUCGUCGAAGCGUCCGAGGAGGCCGACGGUUGCGCCGGGAGAAUCUUCGGGUUCUCCAUCUCCGGGUGCCGCGGUGAGAGCUCCUCCGCCGAGAGCGAGACCGCCGUCGUGACUCACCAGUUCUUUCCUUUCGACGACGUGGAGGGGGCUCGGGCCGGGGGGUGCUCGUUGGCGCCGUCUCCUCGCACCCACUCUGCUGAAGUCAGGUUCUGCAACUCGUCCGAGAAGGUGGUAGCCGGAACGGUGGCGGAGGCGCCACCGCCGGUGAAGAAGAGCCGACGAGGUCCGAGGUCCAGGAGUUCUCAGUACCGGGGGGUGACCUUCUACCGGAGGACCGGGCGGUGGGAAUCCCAUAUCUGGGACUGCGGAAAGCAAGUCUAUUUGGGUGGAUUUGACACUGCAUAUGCAGCAGCAAGAGCAUACGACCGAGCUGCGAUCAAGUUUCGAGGGUUGGAUGCUGAUAUAAAUUUCAGUUUGGAUGACUAUGAGGACGACAUGAAACAGAUGGGCAAUGUCACCAAGGAGGAGUUCGUUCAAGUGCUCCGACGCCAAAGCAGUGGGUAUCCAAGAGGGAGCUCCAAGUACAGGGGAGUCACUUUGCACAAAUGUGGGAGGUGGGAGGCCAGAAUGGGUCAGUUCUUGGGCAAAAAAUAUGUCUACCUGGGACUCUUUGAAACCGAAAUCGAAGCUGCUAGGGCUUAUGACAAGGCUGCAAUCAAGUUUAACGGGAAGGACGCGAUCACCAACUUCGAACCUAAGAUCUACGACAACGAGCUUGACACUCAGCCUAAUCCUAUCGAGCACAAUCUCGACCUGAGCUUGGGCAGAUCAGGCUCCAAAAGGAGUAGCACUGAAACAAUCGACGACGAAGGCUCCAACAUUGUUGAUCAGCAACAGCAGAUGGCCUCUGAUUCGGAUUGGCACAGCAGCAUGAUGCUGAAGUUCGAUGACAAGCUUAAGCUGCCUGAGGCUAAAGGCAGCAGAAGAUACCAUCACCACCACAGCAAUGCCUUCAUUCAAUCUCCGAAUCUUGCCCAGACAAACGAGACAUUGAGCUACAUGCCACUGCAAGCAAGCAUCAAUAUGUCCUCGGUGGUCCAGAUCGUCCCGCAGCAAAUUAAUCCCGUAAAUUCUUAUCGAGUGCAGCAUCAUGGCGGCUGGGAGGGAGAAAGAUUCAGCAGAUGGCUCUCACUGUCUAAUGGUGGCGAACAACAGGGACAAGGCAUGGAGAUCAGCUACGAUUCACGGUGCCAUCGUCGCAAUUGCUUGCCACCACUCGGUUUGCAGCAUCAUCAGGAUUCCCACCACAGAUAGCAAAAUUGCCCAUCCAGUGUGCAGCAUAAGAAUGGCAUCAGAGUUCCAUCAGACCUGAUCGAAGCAUAACACCACUCAAUAUUGCCUCUGGUGCAGAAGGACCCACUCUUGUGUUUGUUUUGUUUCAGCUUUCACUCCCACAACACCUUAUCAAACCUCUGCAACUCCUUUUGUGUGUAUAUGACACAGUAUUGGGGAGGUGAGACUGAGGGAUGAAUUGAGGUGGGACAAAAAGGGUUGAUGGAUUCCUAUGAAGUUGAUGGAUUACUGCUUCCUUUUACUGAUAAAAAUGUUCAGUUCAGUCCUCA